AUCCCACUUCACCCACAAGUCAAAAACCCUCUCUAUAUAUAAGUGAGAUAAGAUAGAUCGAGGUUAAGCAAACAACACCCUCUAAAUCAUCUCUGUUUCUCUUCCCUGCACUUUACUCCCAAACCCACCAAAGAUCUCAACAAUGGCACGAGACGAGGAGGCCGCCGGCGACCGGAAACCACCUUCCUACGGCGGAGAAGUCAAUGCCUUCAUCGUCACUACUUGCAUCGUUGCUGCCUUCGGUGGCCUCAUUUUCGGCUACGACCUUGGUAUUUCCGGAGGUGUGACGUCGAUGGAUUCCUUCCUGAUGAAGUUCUUCCCGUCGGUGUACAGAAAAGAGGUCGCCGACCAGAAUCAGAACAUGUACUGCAAGUUCGACAGCCAUCUCCUCACCCUCUUCACCUCCUCCCUCUACCUCUCCGCCUUGGUUGCUUGCAUGUGCGCUUCCACCAUCACCAGGAAGUACGGCAGAAAAUUGUCCAUGCUCUCCGGCGGCCUCGUCUUCCUCGCCGGCGCCAUCAUCAACGCCGCUGCCGUCAACGUCGCCAUGCUCAUCGUCGGCCGCCUCUUGCUCGGCGUCGGCGUCGGCUUCUGCAAUCAAUCGAUUCCGGUGUACUUGAGCGAAAUUGCACCGGCGAAAUGGAGGGGAGCGAUGAACAUCGGCUUCCAAAUGAUGAUCACCAUCGGGAUCCUCGCCGCAAACCUCGUCAACUACUGGACGGCCAAGAUUCCAAGCGGCAACGGCUGGAGAAUCUCCCUAGGCCUCGCCGCCGUCCCCGCCCUAAUGAUCACCGUCGGCUCCCUCUUCCUCCCGGACACUCCCAACUCCAUCCUCGAGCGCGGCGACGCCGCCAAGGCCAAGCAGAUGCUCCAGAAGAUCCGCGGAACCGACGACGUGGACGCCGAGUUCGAGGACCUCGUCAGGGCCAGCGCCGCCGCCAAGAAAAUCGACCGCCCCAUGCGCCGUCUACUCACGGAGCGGCGUUACCGCCCCCAGCUCGUGUUCUGCACCUUGAUCCCGUUUUUUCAGCAGGUGACGGGGAUUAACGUCGUCAUGUUUUACGCUCCCGUCCUUUUCAAGACUCUUGGUCUUGGUCAGAGCGCUUCUUUGAUGUCUUCUCUCAUUACCGGUUUUUUCAACGUCGUCGCCACUUUUGUCUCCAUCUACGUCGCCGACCGGUUCGGUCGACGGUCGCUCUUCCUCGAAGGCGGCAUCCAGAUGAUCAUAUGUCAGGUGGUGGUGGGGGGAAUGAUAGCGGGGAGUUUCGGGACGAGCGGGACGGGGCAGCUGUCGACGGCGGCGGCGGUGCUGGUGGUGGUGUUCGUGACGGGGUUCGUGAUGGCGUUCGCGUGGUCGUGGGGGCCGAUGGGGUGGCUGGUGCCGACGGAGAUUUGCCCGUUGGAGCUGAGGUCGGCGGGGCAGGCGAUGAACGCCGGGGUGAACAUGUUUUUCACGUUCGUCAUCGGGCAGUUCUUCCUCAGCUUGCUGUGCAAUCUCAAGUUCGGGCUCUUCUUCCUGUUCGCGGCGUUUGUGGUGGUGAUGACCGGGUUCAUCUACUUUUUCCUGCCGGAGACGAGGAACGUGCCCAUUGAGGACAUGGGGGAGGUUUUCCGGCGACAUUGGUUCUGGCAGAAGUAUGCCGUCGACGACGACGACGAUAAUAAUAAGGGUGGUUCUGCUCCUAGAAGAUCCGUUGAGUUGAAGUAGUAGUUCUUAGCUCGAAGUGAGGAUUGUUUUUUUCUUUUCUUACUGCCUUUAUGAAAAUUAAAUUGUUAGUUUGCUGAAAAUGUUGAGAUUUUUCGGUUACUGUUUUAUAGAGAGAUUUUGGUUUUCAUCCCAUAUGUAUAAUUGAAAUCUCGUUUUUAGGAACCGCAAGCAAAUGGAGAU